UCCCUUGUGACAGAAGGGCUGUAUGCGCCCAGUGAUUCUGACUUUUUAGGCGUAUGAUUUGCAGGGAUAAGCGAGAGCUUUAUUCAAUCAGUACUAGUUGAUUGUGAUUAGAUGUGUGCAGAUUUACUUUUAUUAUUUCCGGAUUGUUCGUUGGUUCUGUCGGGUUCUACCAGCAGUUACUGAUGGCUGAGUGCGGUCGGAAGGCGCUGUCCGUCAUGGAGGCGGUCCGCUCUCGCUACGAAAGCUUGCAGAUUUCUGAUGAUGUUUUGGGGGAAUCUGGAGAUGACAGCAGCGAAAACCCCUUCUACAGCACCUCGGGGGGCUCCAGCUCUGAGAACUACACUUCAGAGAGCAAUGGAGAUGAGCAGAGGUCUGCCGAAAUGUCUGGCAAUCAAUCAGGCCACCCCCCCGGCUCGGUGUCAAACAUCCAGGCUGAGGAAGAGAGCUGGACCGAUGCGCUGCGAGAAAUCACCGUUCCGGCUUUCAAGGAUACCUGUGGUCCAGCUCAAAAGAUGCCAGCCAAUGCAAGUACCAUAGACUUUUUUCAGUUCUUUGUCCCUGAUAAUGUGAUACAGAAUAUGGUAACUCAAACAAACAUGUAUGCAAAGAAGUUCCAGGAGAGAUUUGGGAGUGAUGAAGGAUGGUGCAAUGUUACCCUGUCUGAGAUGAAAGCCUUCUUGGGUUAUGUUACCUCAACAAGUAUUCACCGCUGUGAUUCUGUCCUCAGCAUCUGGACCAAUGGAUUUUAUAGCAACAAGAGCAUCGCGCUAAUCAUGACCCAGUCCAGGUUCGAGAAGAUCCUCAAAUACUUCCAUAUCGUAGCUUUCCGAUCCAGCCAGACCAGCAAUGGGCUUUAUAAGAUUCAGCCUUUUUUGGAUUCACUUCAGCAGUCAUUAGAGUGUUCUUUUAGGCCUUCACAAACCCAGGUGCUACAUGAACCACUGAUUGAUGAGGAUCCUGUUUUUAUUACCACAUGUACAGAACGUGAAUUACGAAAAAGGAAAAAGCGAAAAUUCAGUCUUUGGGUGAGGCAGUGCACUGCCUCAGGUUUUAUUUGCCAGGUUUACGUUCACUUGAAAGAAGGGGCUGGUUCCGACAAUUUAGGCACAUUAAAGAACAAACCACAGCUACACAGUUUAGUUGCAAGGCAGCUCUGUCAGAAUCUUUCUGGGAAGAAUUCUAUCAUUUUCACCGGCCCGAGCAUCACCAGCCUCAACCUGUUUGAAGAGUUUGAGAAGCAAGAUAUAUACUGCUGCGGGCUUCUCAGCUCAAGAAAAAGUGACUGCACAGGCCUUCCACAGUCCAUGUUAACCAACCCUGAUGCUCCACAGAGAAGAGGACAGUACACAACCAAGAUGAAAGGAAACAUGUCCUUGAUCUGCUGGCAUAAUAAAGGCCAUUUCCGCUUUCUUACCAAUGCCUACUCUCCAAGCAAACAAGGAGUGAUAAUCAAGAGGAAAAGAGGUGAAGUUCCCUGUCCUUUAGCAGUAGAAGCCUUUGCAGCACAUCUGAGCUACAUCUGCAAGUAUGAUGACAAGUACAGCAAGUAUUUCAUUUCCCACAAACCCAACAAGACUUGGCAACAAGUAUUUUGGUUGACAAUAAGCAUAGUUAUAAAUAACGCCUAUAUCCUAUACAAGAUGUCUGAUGCCUAUCACAUGAAGCGCUACAGCAGAGCACAGUUUGGUGAGAGACUUGUGAGAGAACUGUUGGGUUUAGAGGACUGCUCACCCACACACUGAUGCAGUGAUGUGCACUUCCAUGCAAUUGUGGAGAAAGAGGUACCUGCAUUUCAUGGAAAGCUCCAAUAGACUGGCAAAUUUUAAAGAUGUCAACAUCACCAGGCCUGAAGAAGCUCUUCUAAACUUGAUAACUCUGCAAUAAUGCAGGAGACAAAACGUUGUAUUUUGCUCUGUAAUUCCAUCAAACACGAAUGUAGGUAUGCCACAUCUUGAUAAUCUCAGUAUAUACGUUGCAUGGUGAAAAGUAAAACCCAACUUUGUCUUUUUCCUUAUUUAUUGUUAUAUAAUUUUAAAAAAUUGUUUGAGUCUUCUGUUAUUAUUUGUUAAAAUGCAAGUAAAAAAUCAUGUUUGUUUUGUGAACGCCCAUAAUGAAAAGAAACAUUGCAAUAUAUGUCUGUAUAUGUAAGGUAAUGCAUGUACUAUAUAUCCAUAUAAUAUCUGUUGUGUGUUAUGAAAGGGCAGAUAACAUGUGUGAAAAUGGCUUGAACUAUAUACAGUGCCUUGCAAAAGUAUUCAGA